UGAAUGGUUUUUUCCCAAUUUCAUUUCAUGUCGACGUAACAUUCUGAAUUUGAAUACGGUAUUUGUUAAUACUCGUUGCUGUAAGUUUCUGUGCAAUUAGGUCAAAAUUAUAAGGAGAGAAUGGCAAUGGAGCUGAGCAUUUUAACACUCAAUAUCUGGGGCAUUCCCUACGUCUCGAAGGAUCGUGAGGUGCGUGUGAAGGCCAUAGGCGAUGUGUUGGCCAGUGGCAACUAUGACCUCGUUUCGCUGCAGGAAGUAUGGUCCGACAGCGACUAUCAAUAUCUUCGUCAGCGUGUGGAAAAUGUGCUUCCGUUUUGUCACUACUUCUACAGCGGAGUCGUCGGUUCAGGGUUAGCGAUUCUCUCGCGCUAUCCGAUUGUGUCGGCUUUCUUCCACAGUUGGUCCGUCAACGGCUAUUUCCAUCGCAUACAGCACGGCGAUUGGUUCGGUGGGAAGGGUGUCGGCCUGGCCAAGAUCUCCGUCAAUGAUCAGCUCGUGCAUGUCUACGUCGCGCACCUCCACGCAGAGUACAACCGACAGUGUGACGAUUACAUGGCCCACCGGGUGAUACAGGCUUACGAUACGGCUCAGUUCAUCGAAAGCACACGUGGGCACUCGGUACUGCAGGUCCUAGCCGGCGAUCUAAACACGGAACCAGGUGAUCUUGCCUACCGGGUGCUGUUGACCAGUUCCAAUCUGAAGGAUUCGUACGAUCCCAAACUGGCCGGAAGCACGGCUGGAACGAAUGAGUGCGAGUCGAACAGUUACUCCGAUGGUUCGGCAACCAAAAAGAACCCGAACGGUAAGCGCAUUGACUAUGUGAUGUACCGCAUCGGGGAACACUACGAGGGUCGGUUGCUGGAGCACCGGCUACCACUACCCAAGCGUGUUCCGGGACAAAGCUGCAGCUACUCCGACCACGAAGCCGUGUACGCAAAGCUAAUACUGAAGCGCAACAGCUCUCCGUCCACCAUCCAGAACCUAAUCGCGUGUAACGGCAGCAAGACGAAGGACGAAAACUCCGGCUGCAAACCAGAAUCGCGAGCAGAAAACCAACACGAGGCUGUGCUGGCAUUGCGAGAAAGUGUCACGAUCUGCAGUGAGAGCUUGAAGCAACUGGAAUCGCACCGCCGCAGCUACACUCUCAUGGCGAUCGGUGUAAUAAUUGUGCUGAUCAACCUGCUCGAGCUCCAGGCACCAUACGGGUUUAAGAUUGCAUUUCUGGUGCUAAAGUUUCUGCUAUGCGCCGUCAUCAUCUUUUUCGUCGUGAUGGCCACGAUCUGGAACGUGGUGGAAAAGCACGGCAUACUGGCCGGUAAGCUGUCGAUGGAAAUUGCCCUCAGAGGGUACAGUCUCGAGGUACCAGGUUGUAGCACCGCGGGCGGAGCUCGUGGUGGCUCGAGUGCGGAGUGAAAACAUAAAAGAAUGAGACGACUGAGCGGAACUGUUCAGCCAUUUUUCCGAUUGUACCUUACUCGACUUCACUUUGCGCACUUCGUACUGACCUUCGAGAUUGGCACGCUGUAGGGUAGACGCACAGGAACUGUUGCACGUUGAACCAACUAUCUGUUACUCAUUAAAGCGGAUGAAAUAAAAACAUUCCCCAAACCUGGUAUGGGAAAACGUU